AUGGGCAUCAAGCUGUGCUUCGCCUUUGUUGCUCAUCCACAAAGCAACCGCCAGGCAGAGAGGGCCAACGCAGAAAUCCUCAAGGGCUUGAAGACCAGGACGUACGACGAGCUGAGUAAGCAUAGCUUUGGGUGGGUUGAUGAGCUCCCUACAGUCGUCUGGGCUAACAGGACCACCCCGAGCCGUGCAACCGGAGAAACACCAUUCUUUUUGGUGUACGGAGCUGAAGCAGUCCUCCCGGCCGAAGUGACUUUUGGAAGCCCCCACGUCAGGGCUUGCCAAGAAGAAGAUCAAGAUGCGCGGUGGCAGCAAGACGUCCUCUACCUCGAGGAAGUCUGA